GCAAAAAAGGAAUGUGACAAAACGAGUUUAAUUGUCAGCAAAGAGGAAAGUAAAUAUCUUUACCUGUUGUUAUCAUACCUAACAUGAUAAGUAAUGGAGAUGACGCAAUACAUGAUUUGAUUAUUUAAAAUGCUGCAACACACAUAAUGGCACAACACAACUCACAUCUGACUGUCACUCAUCGCUUGGACCAAGAGCACCAAGACAGUUGUAUCAUCAACCCUUACUAAUCUGAUGUAUCCCAUCAAUUAUAGAGAAGAUGCCAACAGAAAAGAACUUGGAAAGGAUUUGGAGACCAUCGCUUCUCUAGUCCGCACUGUCGAAGAGACCCCUGAUCCAAUCCCUGCUGAGGUAGAAGGGACCAUUCCUACUUGGCUCAACGGCAGCCUGCUCCGAAAUGGCCCUGCAAAGUUUGAGUUUGGAGACACUCACUACAACCACUGGUUUGAUGGGAUGGCCUUGCUCCACAAGUUCAAAAUAGAGAAAGGCCAGGUAACGUACAUGAGUCGUUUUCUGCGCAGCGAUGCCUACAAAAAGAAUAGCGAACGGAACCGUAUCAUGGUGUCAGAAAUUGGUACUGUCAGCAUGGAUGACCCUUGUAAAAGCAUCUUCCAGCGAUUUUUCACUCGAUUUGAGAUGAUAAAGCCGACAGACAACGGCAAUGUCAACAUUGUGAAAUACAAGGGAGACUACUACCUUUGCACAGAAACCAACCUGAUACACAGAGUUAACCCAGAGAACCUAGAAACAAUGGAACAGGUGGACUGGAGCACAUUUGUUGCUGUUAAUGCAGUGUCUGCCCACCCUCACUACGACCCUGAUGGGACCAGCUUCAAUAUGGGCAAUUCUGUUGGAGGAAGAGGCGCCACAUACAACAUCAUCCGUGUACCUCCCGAAAAGGAGGAUGCUGAAGACACUCUGAAAGGGGCUAAAAUUCUCUGUUCCAUUACACCUGUAAACAAGUUCCAACCAUCCUACUACCACAGCUUUGCCAUGUCGAAGAAUUAUGUGGUGUUCAUUGAGCAGCCGGUAAAAAUAGACAUAAUGAAGAUCAUUGCAUGUUUCGUGAAGAGCAAGCCGCUCUGCGAUGCUGUUUACUGGGACCCCAAGCAGAAUACCAUUCUCCAUCUGAUCAACAAGCACACAGGCGAGGUCAGCCCAGUGAAGUACUUCUGCAAACCUUUGGCCAACUUCCAUCAGAUCAACGCCUUUGAAGAGGAUGGAUUCCUGAUGGUGGAUCUGUGUUGCUUUGAUGACGGUCGAGCCCUCGAUAUCUACUUUCUUCAGAAUUUGCGCAAGUCUGGAAAAGCACUGGAUGAGGUAUACAACAGUAUGAGCAGAGCUCUUCCUCGCCGCUAUGUUUUACCCCUCCAUGUCACUGAUGAUACACCGGUUGAUCUAAACCUGAACACCCGCCCUUCCAGUACUGCAACAUGCAUCAAAACCAAGAAAAAUGUGGUGUUCUGCCAACAUGAGGAUCUCCAUGGUGAUGACAUCCACGAGUACGGUGGCCUGGAGUUCCCACACAUAAACUACGAGCAAUACAACACCAAGCCUUAUCGUUAUUUCUAUGGAUGCGGCUUCCGACACCUGUUCGGAGACUCACUUCUCAAGAUGGAUCUCAAGGACAAGACAUUUAAGGUGUGGUACCAGAAGGGUCUCUUCCCAUCGGAGCCUGUAUUUGUGCCCUCACCGAACGCUUUGGAGGAAGACGAUGGCGUCAUACUAUCUGUUGUUCUCUCACCCUCACAGGAUAAAGGCACAUUCGUCCUGGUUUUGAAUGCCAAGACGUUUGAGGAGCUGGGGAGAGCCAAUGUUCCUGUCAACAUGCCCUAUCAUUUCCACGGUGUAUUCCAUGCGUCUGCUUGAAUGUUUACAUUACAACAUGUUUUCUUAGUAGUAAUCACAAAACAGUUGAGGCGAGGCAAGAUCAUGUUAAAGCUCCGAUGAUGAUACUGCACUGAUUUGCUAUUCUAGCUAAUGAGAUUGAUUGGUCUGUUCCGAAAUGGAUGCAAAUGAAUACAAUUUGAGCCUAGGUAUUUAUUUAUUUUUUUGUUACCUGUACACACGUUUUGUACGAGCAUCUGUAACUGCUAAACCUCAUCCAGGAAAGCAAUGAACUUUCUUCAUAUAAUGUUAUUUUAACCAAUGUAAUCUGAAUGUUGCAUUUAUUUUGGGGGGGUACAAAUUUCAUUAAA